CUCACUUUGCUUUUGCACACAAGGCUCGAUGCAAACGCACUGACGCCCUGCACUCUCUCAAGCCAACGCACACACAAGACAAGGUGUAGAGACCUCAAGAAGAGUCAUCACAUGUUGACUUUGACACAUACACGACCUCCUUGACCUAAUCGAUCCUCUUCUUUUUUGUUAUAAUUUCCUUGCCCAUCACCACUCUCAUCGUCACCAUUCUCUCUCACACCAUCCUCCUCCUUCUCAUGCUCACUUCUUUCAUCCACCCCCAUCGGUGACAAGGCUGCUGCCCCUUGUCCCUUCGAGAUGACCCCUACCGCCAGCAGCAGCACCGUCCCUCCUGAAUCCAGCGCGGGCCAGCAGGAAGCCCACGCCCUCUCCUGCAUCAACUGCCGCCAACGCAAGGUGAAAUGUGCAAAGGUCUACCCGUGCCCCCACUGCGUGCGCGGUGGCCUCGAGUGUAUCUUCCCCUCCCGCAAGAAGGACCGCGCCCCACGCCGCAACAGGAACCAUGAGCUGCUCAACCGCCUGGCCAAGCUCGAGGCCAUUGUCGGGCAGGCCGACUCCUCUUCAACCGCCUCCUUAGGCCAGCAGCAGCAGUCCGACGGGGCUGGGCCAGCAGUGGCAACGAUGACGACCGCCGCCACGACUGCCAACUCGACAGGUCUUACGGCGGCACGCCUCAGGGAGAUGGAGCUCAGGAACCCGCAGAAGCGCUGUCCCAUUGUUGAGCCCGCCUCUAGGGACGACCCAGCUGCCAAGUAUGUGAGCGGUGAAUUCUGGGCCAACCUGUCCACGGAGGUGGAGGGUAUCAAGGCCGCGCUGGAGAUGCCCAGCGACACUGACGAGGAGGACAACGAUGAGGGCGGUGGUGAGGGGGACGACUCGCUCUCGCCAGACACCCAUGCCGACUUCGCCGUCUCGGCCGCCAUGUUUGGCAACCCGCACGCCGCCAGCAACCGGCCGCGGCACCCACCACCUGAGAGGAUCAAGAAGCUGCGUGAGCACUACUUUCACACCGUGGACCCGCUGCUCAAGAUCUUGCACAGGCCGACGGUCGAGAGGCAGCUCGACGUGUUCAUCGUCAACCCGGAGGACAACCCGCCAUCCCCGCAGGUCGAGGCCCUGUGGUUUGCCAUCUACUUCGCUGCCGUCACGAGCCUAUCGCCGGCGCGAUGCGUGGAGACGCUGGGCGAGGAACGUGCCUUGCUGGUGGCCGAAUACAGGCAGGGUGUCGAGGUGGCCUUGGCGAGGGCCGACUUUCUGAAUAGUACAUCACUUGAGACCCUGCAGGCGCUGACAAUAUACGAUGCGUGCCUCCGCAGCCACACCAGGUCCCGCGCCUCCUGGGCUCUCCUCGCUCUCGUCUGCCGCCUCUCACAGGCGAGUGGUCUCCAGCGCGACGGAAACGGCUCCGCUUUCCCCCCCUACGAGGCCGAGAUGCGCCGCCGCCUCUGGGCCCAAGUCAUCGUCCUCGACGUUCGCGCCUCCCAGGACCGCGGUACCGAGCCUAUGAUUCUGGAGGAGACCUUUAACACCAUUCCGCCCUCUAACAUUGACGACGCCGACUUUGGCCCUGACACCACCGUGCCAGUCCCUCAGCUCGCCCGCGGCCCUGCUGCCGGUGCCGACGAUCCCUCCUCCUCUGCAGGUGCCACUGCUGCUGGUGGCCAUGGCGCACAAACAAACCUCACCUCUUUCCCCCCGCAGCAGGGCUACAUCGCCGCCCAGGCCUCCGAGGAGGACGUACUUGAGCGCAUCAAGGCGCUAGAGGCCCAGUUUGUGGCGCCGGCCCUCUCGCGGCCCGACCACUUUCCCGCAGUCAUGGCCGCCGCCGUCGUCCGCCUGACAACGCUCAUCAUCUGGCUGACCAUCCAGUACCCCUUCAGCAUGCGACAGCCCACCAUCAAACCCCGCGUCUCCCGCGAGCACAUGCUCCAAACCGCCGUCUCUAUCCUCGACCUCGCUGCCAGCGGACCCGCAACCGCUGGCACCGGUAUUAGCGAGGCUGAGUGGCGCGACCGCUUCGCUUGGUGGCAGGACGGCUACGUUCAGUGGCACGCCAUCGCCGUCGCCCUCGCCGAGCUCUGCGUUCAGACCGCCGGGCCCCUCGUCGACCGCUCCUGGAUCACCGUCGAGAAGGCUCUGGCCGUGUGGAGCGAGAAGGUCGCCGACAGCAAGCGCGGCGCCUUAUGGCGGCCUAUCCGCAAGCUGCUGCGCAAGGCGAGGGAGAAGAGGGCCGAGGCUCAGCUGAGGAGACUGCGGCUCCACGGC